UACGAUCUUUUGUAUGUUCAGCGGAAAUAUUUAUUCUAAUGUGCAAUGUUCUUGACGGCUAGUGUAGAAAUAGCAGUUGCAAGCGCUGCAGAUAAUCAUUGGUGACAAAAGGCGAAACUGAAAAUGAUGUUCUGCUAACGCGGAUACCAAGAAUGCUAUGAAGACGCUCUUGACGCUUGAAGCAAAAUAUUGAAAUUAGUAAAGUAAUUGAAAAAGAAAGUGCAAUAAGAAUUUAUCAGUCAAAAAACCGCAAAUUUUUCAAAGAAAAAAUAGGAAAAAUAUGCCGUUCGCGACCCGCUUGCUGUUCUUACUCUCCGCCUGCAUACUAAAUGUGGCCUUACAACACCUAACGGUCAACGCUGACACAAAAGUGCUAAACACACUCAGCUUAAAUCAGCCGGGCCAAAGUAGCCGUCAUGAGGUCAUCACACUCGAGAACGCCGGCACCGCUGAUGAGGAGCUGGUGGUUAGAGGCAAUUAUACCGUUGAACUCGGCCCACCGAACAAGGACGGUCUCAUAUUUUUAGCUAUCACAGAGUAUACUGCCGAUAAAAAUGGAUAUCAUGUGCAUUAUCAUAUCGAGGCGAGACCGUUGUUGGAAACCCGCUUAAGUGGGAGUUUGUUAAUGACUGCAGCGGGCUAAGAGAGCCAAGUGUUGUCGAAAGUGAAAUUAUAAAUUCAAAUAAUAUUAAUUAUUGAGUAUUAUUUUCUAUAUACUAUAUGCUUAAUUGUGGUGAUGUAUUAUGUUGUUGUAUAUAUACUCAUAUUUCCUAGGUUGUGAAGUCGCUUAAAACAAGUUGAAAGCUUAACUUAAGUCUAAAGAACUUAAAUACAUUUUAAAUAUAUGUACAAAAAAUUAGUUUUACAACUUUCAGUAGAGUUUAACCCGUAGUCAAUGAUGCAGGGUCAUAUUGACCGAAACAAUAUUUUCAUGUUUUCAGGCAUUAUUUUACAUGUUAUCGAUGACUCGUUUCUGUGCGACUACGAAUGUAUACUCUUGUAUAGUCCUGCUAGUAUUUGCCUUGGUUUGAAAAAAAAAACCAUAGCAACCUUAUAUCAGAAAAACUUACUACAAACUGUAUCUUUAUUGAGUGAGAAGAAAUAUAUCGUCACCUAAAAUGUAAAACAA